AUGUCGUCGCCAUGCAAUGCGGCAGAUGAAGCGACCAAUGGCAACGCCACCAGUGCAAGCAAUGCAAGCAAAGCUGGUCAAAAGGAUGAGAAGGACGAGAAGGCGAGCGAGCCGGAGACCUUCUCACGCUUCCGCGAGGUAAUCUCUACAAAGGCUCACGAGCUUUCAGCUGAAAUCUCCACAAAGGCGACUCCCCUACUUGCAAAGGCACAAGCGAAGGCCCACGAGAUCUCUGACGAAAUCUCUACAAAGGCCACGCACUUUACAGCGAAGGCGCAGGCGAAGGCGCAUGAAAUUUCCGACUCACUCUUUGCCCACAUGCUCAACGCCGAGGCCGCGGCAUCUGCAGCCAUGGCCCGGCGGCGGGCGCUGGUGGGCCUCGUGGACGUCCUAGUGGGCAUCACUGUGCUUGAUGCAACAUAUUUGCUGGUUCCGGUUUCCUGCUGGCUCCUGACUCCUACGGAGCCUUCUGGCCUAGCUGCCUACCCCUGUGGCUUAGGCACCUGUAUUGAGCCCGAAGCUGCCUAG